AUGGAUCCUCGCCCUUAUCACAUCCUGAGCUAUGGCACCCUCUUGGGGACACAGUUCUACCAGUCCUUUGUUGGAGGCUUCGUCGCUUUCCGUGCUCUUCCGCGGCCCCAGUUCUCCAGUCUGCAGACCGCUAUCUUCCCUAUCUACUUCUCCCUGCAGAGUGCGCUGCCGGUAGUGGUCGCUUUGACUGCUUCCCGUGGUGGAGAGACCCUGGGACUGUCUGGGCUCAUUGCACCGGAGAACCGCAUGAACACCCUCCUGCCCCUGGCAACUGUGGCAGUGACGGGACUGGUGAAUAUGUUCGUGCUGCUUCCUAUCACCGCUAAUGUGAUGCGCGAGCGCAAGCACCAAGAAACCCGUGAUGGAAAGAGGAGCUAUGACCCGGCGCCUCAUUCCAAGGAGAUGCUCGCCUUGAACAAGAAGUUCGGCCGUGUGCAUGGUAUCUCAAGCUUGGUCAAUCUGGUCAGCUUGGUUGCUACUGUCUGGUACGGUGCUGUGCUGAGCAAGAGACUUGAGUAA